AUGUCAUUAACUAUAGAAAAUGUCACAUUUCCGAAUCUAUUAUAUAAUACAACAUCAUCUAAUCAGAUUACAAAUAGAAUUUAUUAUGCAAUGAUACAGUUUAUCCCAGAUCCUUAUGUUUAUGUAAAGGAAGAAAAAGAGCAAAGGGUUUCUCCAUGGGUGGAUUUACAAUCUGGCGAACCUGAUACUGGAGAAAAAUCUAACACCAGAGAAUAUGAGAUUUUCUCAAUAGAAAAACAAAUUGAUAAUUUAAAAAAGAGUGUUCAAUUUUAUGAAUAUACUAUUGAUAUUUCAUUAUUAAAUUCUAUUAAAGCAGAUAUUAUUGACAAUAGUAGUUCUCCUUGA